AUGGACAUGUGUUUUGCAGUGCGCUCCCUGGGCUGGGUGGAGAUUCCAGAAGAGGAGCUGAUCCCGGGGAAGAGCAGUCUGGCUGUCAAUAACUGCAUCCAGCAGCUGUCCAGCAGCAAGGCAGAGGGCCGCGAUGACACACUGGGCGCCUGGGGAGAGGGCCAGGACAUGAUGAUGGUUCUGAAGAAGGAUACCCUCAGCCUGAUGGACCCAGUGGACCGCAGCCUUCUCCACUGCCAGCCUAUCAUUGACAUCCGCGUGUGGGGCGUGGGCUGCAACAACGGCAGAGACAGAGAUUUUGCCUUCGUGGCCAGCGACAAAGACACCUCUAUGCUGAAGUGCCAUGUGUUUCGCUGUAACGCCCCAGCAAAAACCAUCGCCACGGCUUUGCACAAAAUGUGCUCAAAGAUCAUGGCAGAGAAGACCACUAGAAGCCCAUCUAUGGCCCGCUCCCUCACCAUGGCGACCAUCUCCCCUGAGGACCUGCCACGCCAAGUGGACUUCCUGGAUGCAAUGAGGCAGAGGGUGCAGAAGUUUGAGGUGCAGUACAUCGGAAACCUGCCCGUCUCCAGGGCAAUGGGUAUGGAGGUGCUGAACCGGGCCAUAGAGAGCAUCAUGAACACCUCAGACAGUGACGAUUGGGAGCCCAUCGUCAUCCACAUCUCUGACACUGUCCUGUCACUCUGGAAAGGAGAGGAUGGAGAUGAUCCAUUUUGGGAAUGUCAAGUGCGUUUGCUGACCUUUCUGGGUGUGGGGCAUGAUACACACACCUUUGCAGUGAUAGUGGACGGCGGGACGCAGCGGUUUGAGUGUCAUGUUUUCUGGUGUGAGCCAGACGCAGGGAUAAUCUCUGAGUCUGUGCAGGCUGCGUGCAUGGUCCAGUACCAGAAGUGCUUGGUAGCCCAGACUCCACCACCCAGGUCCAAAAUGUGGCGGGCGGGUUCCAAGGUGAAGCGGGCCAACUCCAUGGACGGCUUCAGUUUUCCAGCUCCCCGUCACCAAGGACUGUCCCCUCCCAAGGCUGGCUCCUCCACCACCAAAAAGAGCAUGCUGGCGUUUUUUGAGACUUUCAGAAAUAAACAGUCAGCCGUUUCCACACCAUAG